AUCAGAGCCCCCCAGAAAUUAUACACUGCUAAAACCCUCCCAUUGUUAACAUUAAGAUACAUUUCAAGCACUUCAAAUCGACACUCAUUCACAGUCUCAUACCUCAUAAACACAUGGGUUCUCACGGGAGGGUGCUAUAUCAGCCACCAAACGUGUUAACUUUGAAACCCCAGAUAAAGCAGACUUGGUCAUAGCUUUUUCAAGAACCAUGGUUUCUCACAAACCCAAAUCUCAAGCAUCAUCAGAAGAUACCCUCCACUGCUGCUAUCAAAUCCUCAAAAGACCCUUUUGCCCAAAUUGGAGUUUUUCCAAUCCAAAGGCUUUACAAGCUCCGACAUUGUUAUGAUCUUAACUAGAAAUCCACACUUAUUGAAACGAAGCUUGAAAAACCAAAUAAUCCCUUCUUUUGACUUCUUUAAGAAUUUGCUUGGAACUGAUGAAAAAACUGUUAUUGCUGUUAGACGUUUCUCGGCCAUUCUUGUUGAUAAAGACACUCAUGUAGUUCCUAAUGUCAAUCUUCUGAGAGAAAAUGGAGUUCAUGAAUCAGGUAUAUGUACCCUAAUUAAAAAUUGGCCGAGAGUUAUUACGACAGAUCAAGUUCGAUUCAAAGAGAUUGUAGAGGAAGUCAAGGAAAUGGGAAUCAAUCCUCUGAGGGUAAUUUUUGUUCAGGCUGUUUUAGCAAUUAGGGGAAUGAAUAAAUCCACAUGGGAGAGGAAGGUCAACGCUUAUAAGAGAUGGGGUUUGUCUGAGGAUGAGAUUCUUGUAGCUUUUGCAAAGAACCCAUGCUGUUUCAGGGCGUCUGAGGAUAAGAUUAUGAUGGUGAUGGAUUUUUUGAUCAACAAGAUGGGUUUGGAGGCUUCCCUUAUUGUCAAACGCCCUACACUUAUUAGUUUGAGCUUGGAGAAGCGACUUAUUCCAAGGGCUUUGGCGAUUCAAUUUUUGCGGUCUAAAGGUUUGGUUAAGAAGAAUUUUUACUUGCCUACGGCAUUUGAGUAUGUGGAGGAGUUGUUUUUGCAGAGGUUUGUGUUGCCUAAUAAGGAGGAAGCUUCUGAGUUGUUGCAACUAUACAAGGAAAAAAUGGAUUUUCCAGAAUGACUAGUGAACAUAUGAUGAUAAAAAUGAGCCAACGAAUGAGAUGAAGCAGUUGUGGAGUGCUCAUAUUGUGUGUAAUGUUUCACUUGAUCCAAUUACACUCUUUGGUAUUGAAACUUUCUCCAAAUCUGAUCCAAGAUUGGAACUGGUUCAAAUUCCAAACUGUUGGUAAAGGCCUAGUGCUUGUUUCACUGAGCUUGGAGAAGUGAAUCAUCAGAAGGUUUGGUUAGGCUGAAUGUUUUUUUUUUUUUUUCCUUAUUUGUUGAGCUAGUUAUCUUUUUGAGGAUCAAAAUUUAUAAGAGGGAGAGAUUAGUAGAUGCAGCAGCUAUUGUAAAAUGU